UGUUCCUGUUCCACGAUCCGCCCACCCAAUCUGUAGAUCUCCCAAUACGUCACACAAACCCCAGCUUUGUUUAAACAGGUCAUGACCCCAUCUGCAUCAUGCCAAAUCCGUUCCGCUCUCAUCCGGGCUUGCCUAAAAUAUCGACACCCCUCGCAGUGUAGGAUUGCCAUUGUGAACUUGCUACUUGCAAUUUACUGAGCCUACCAUGGUUGCUCGACCUAUUCUCGGCGCAGCGGCCUUGAUCCUCCUCGCUGGUGGACUCCUUCUCCAAUGGUUCCUCAUUCUCUCUGGCGGUGUGAACAGCUCUCCUGAGAACCAGUUCUACUUUCUUCAGGCCUCUACAAACGGAAUUGCCGGCGCACGCAACCCGUCGCGAUGGACCUUCUGGGCUAUUUGCGGCGUGGAUGGUAGCGGCCACAAUGCGAACUGCGGGUCGCCGGUUCCUGCUCUACCGUUUGAUCCUCCGCGCAACUUUGGCACGCAGAACAACAUCCCUGGAAGCUUCAUUGGUACACACAAGUACUACUACUUGUCUCGGUUCAUGUUCGCAUGGUACCUCAUCGCCUUCUUCUUCGCUCACAUUGCCUUGUUCACGGGUCUGCUGGCGCUCUUCAGCCGGCUGGGUGGAUACCUCAGCGCUCUGACGACCUUCGUUGCCAUGUUCUUCCAGGCGCUCGGAGCUGCACUAAUGACUGCUUGGGUAGUCCAAGGACGCAAUGCAUGGCGUAGCAAUGGCUUUGAUGCGCAUGUCGGCACUAAGUUGAUGGCUUUUGCCUGGACCUCGUUCGUCUGCUAUUUCCUGGCAUCACUCCUAUUCUGCAUUGGUGGAACUAUCGGCCGCGAGUCUUCUGGAAGUUCCCGGAUGAGCCGCAAGCGAUCGACACGUUCCACCCGAAGCAGGGGCAGCUUCCUUGACACGGAAUCACAGCGCAGAGUAAAGGACAACUAUUCCUAAAGUCAAAAUCAAAUGAAUGCGAGAUGUUGGAUAGUGGACGAGCGUUGGAUGAAUUUUGGAGAUGUAAUGUAAGGCGAGGAGUUGGUGGAACCUGUGCACAUACUGUUAUAAUCGGCGCAGUCACGUAAUGUAUAUUGGCCCAUGUUGUGUAAUGUAUCCAUAUCUCGUACAUGUUCUACUAUAACGCCUCAUGUCGAAUAGCGUAUCACUCGUUCCUC